AUGGGUUUUGGAAGCUUCCUCAGUCAGGCUGUUGGAGCCGUGAAAAACAUAGUCUCACAUUCGCCGAUUGUCAAGGCUCUUGCGCCCCUCGGGGGAAUCAUCGCCCAUGCAGUGCCUGGAGUUGGACCCAUCAUCGACAGUGCCAUUCCCGCAGUUCAAGUGAUUUUUAGCAAAGACAACACUGCUCCAAAUGCCGGCGAGGAGCCUAAACCACCGACUUUUGAACAGCUGAAUACCCCUGUCCUGGUCGAACUCAAGCGGCAGAAUGACGAAAUCCAAUCAGUCUUGAAAACGGCCGAGGGCUUAAAAAGUACUCUCCGUGAAAAUUUCGAGGAAAUGAAAAAGGAUUUCCAGGAUAAAUUGGACCUAAACAUGGAGGAAACACUGAAGGCGCUGGCAAUAGACGAGUAUGACGAAUUGUUUAUGGUGGUUCGUGAGUCGGUAAAAUGGUUUCAAAUGAACCAGCUGAAACUUUCUGUCACUGCCCAGGAUGGGCCUGAAAAGAUCAAGGCGCUUCUUCAUGAUCAUGAAAAUCUCCCGAGUGUCCAAAGCAAGCUCAAGCAAUGUAUCGUGCAAAUUGAGACCAAAAUUGCAAAUCUCGAUCCCCCACUCUCGCAACAAAUGCUUGACCUCUAUCUGCUUGGUAUCCAUUGGCUGUUGAUAUAUGACAAGGCGGUUGUUGUCACCCGAGGCAUUUACGCAAGAGCCUUGUUUGUCGGCCAAAAAUGGCUGGCUUACCUCAACACUGUGAAUAACCUGAACAAUGACAUCAAUGAGCUACGGAGGGACGCCAUCAACGCGCGCGAUGUGCUCCAAGCCCUUAUCAAAAAUGUACCAGUGAACCGAGAAGGAAUGAUCAAAAUAAUCAACCCGGGAAACAGCCAGCCGCAAUACAUCCAAGACGACUGGCCAACGUUAUCAGUCGGCUCGAUUCCUCUUAUGAAACUGAUGGUGGAGCUUGGCGUUAAAGACCAAUCAUCCGUUAAGUCUCAAAAGGCUUUGGUGUUUGAUGACAACGUUAUCACCCUCGCUCAUAGCUUAUGGAAGACAUACGCAGUGCAGGCACUAGAGUUCAACCUCGGACCGGCUCACGCUGUGAUGAAUCAUCUUGAAGAAAGCAUUCGGCAGUGGAACAGUAGAGUUCCCGUGGCUCCGACAAAGAAUCUUCCAAGAGGGCAGGAUCACGUCAAAGCCACUGUUGUCAAAUCCAAGGAAACGCCAGAGGCUAAGUCCAUUUCACUGAAGGAGGAGUUUUUUGGGAAGAAACUGCAUUAUGCCUUGACGUAUUACAACACUUACGGUGAAAGCUCUUCAAGUGGUUGGACAACCGACAAAUGCCUUAUCGAGAAUGACACCCACGCUGUAAAGGUAUCUUUCCUCGAUGUUCAUCCGGUUAAGUUCGACAAUGAUCCAUUAGACGCCCUUGAUCCGAUCAAGGUGAAUGGCAGGGAUCUUGCACCGGAAAGAUCCAUCCGUCGCAAGCUAUACGUCAAAUACACUGAGAACCAUGGAGAUACUGUCGUUCUAUACCUGGGUGAUGUUACUGAGGAUGAGAAUAUUGUCUACCAUGUGUUUGAUGAGAAACUGGUAGGUAAGCCCAAUGCUCCGCGGCCGUAG